UUGGCCAGCUGCCGCCGGGCUCCUGCCGAGCGCGGCCUCCGCCUUUGUUUCUCUUCAGCAGCGGCCCGGCGAGCCCCGCCGUGCGGCUUUUGGGCCUUCCCGGAGCCUGGCCGUAGCGGUGGGCCGGGCCUUCCUUCUUGUGCCUCUUCACUGGCAGAUCUGGUAUUUUCAUCUGCAAAAAUGGGUGAACCUCAGCAAGUGAGUGCCCUUCCUCCACCUCCAAUGCAAUAUAUAAAAGAAUAUACUGAUGAAAACAUACGUAAAGGUCUGGCACCGAAGCCACCUCCACCUGUGAAAGACAGUUACAUGAUGUUUGGUAAUCAGUUCCAGUGUGAUGACUUAAUUAUCCGACCCUUGGAAAGCCAGGGUAUUGAACGGCUGCAUCCGAUGCAGUUUGAUCACAAAAAGGAAUUAAGGAAACUUAACAUGUCUAUCUUGGUCAACUUUUUGGAUCUCUUGGAUAUCUUGAUAAGGAGUCCAGGGAGUAUAAAGCGAGAAGAGAAACUGGAGGACCUGAAACUGCUGUUUGUUCAUGUGCAUCAUCUUAUAAAUGAGUACCGUCCCCACCAAGCUAGGGAGACCCUGAGAGUCAUGAUGGAAGUGCAGAAACGUCAGCGUCUGGAAACUGCAGAGCGAUUUCAGAAGCAUUUAGAGAGAGUUGUGGAGAUGAUUCAGAACUGCCUGGCAUCAUUGCCUGAUGAUCUCCCUCAUUCAGAGGGAGGACUGGGAGUGAAAACAGAACCAAUGGACGCUGAUGAUGGCAACAGCUGCAUUGGACAGAGUGAGAAGCAGAGAGAACGUUCUGGCUGCAAGAGAGAUCAGGUUUUAGACAAAGAUGCAGCUAUGUGUAGCAUUAUUGAUGAAAUGACAUGAAGGAAGCAUUUAUUAUGUUAGCACACAAUACAGAGGCCAGAUGGCUGUGAGGGUAUAUGCUGUAUUUUGUUUUUCUGUUGUGCCAGCAGUUGAAACAUUCGCACCUACGGUGGGGUGGGUGUGAGUUGCUAAGCAGCUGUAGGUACUUAAUAUUUUGUAUGGGCUGUAUGCGUAUUGGUAAAAACAACAACGUAUGCUUUGUCCUGUGUGGAUGCUGUUGAAGUUAGCUUUUUUUUGUAGAACAUUGUUUUGUCACUUACAGCUUUCUGGGACAUGCUUCAUCUUGUAAAUGCCUUAUGCUGUGGAAGCAGAGGAUCUGACUGACUGAAAUUGAAGCUGACAGUUCCUGGAUUUCAAAUAAAUGUUAGUUUACAUUUGAAA